AUGUCGCUCGGUCUGCGCACAGCUGUCCUGAACGCUUCCCGCCGGACAGCGUGUCACCGCUCCGCCGUUUUGCCUGGCAUCCGCUCGUUACACUCGUCGACUCCAGUAUCAGCUGCUCAGCCGGAAUCUGCGACCUCAACCCAACCUUACACUGCUAUUGCGAAGCAAGGCUCCAACCAGCUCAGUCUCGAAACCCCUCAGAACAAAGCUGAAUAUGUUCUAUCAACCCUUGACAAGGUCGCCAACUGGGCUCGACAGGGUUCCAUGUGGCCCAUGACUUUCGGUUUGGCAUGUUGCGCCGUAGAGAUGAUGCACAUGGCCGCUGCCCGUUAUGACCAGGAUCGACUUGGUGUCGUCUUCCGAGCCAGUCCUCGACAGAGCGAUAUCAUGAUUGUCGCCGGUACCUUGACCAACAAGAUGGCUCCUGCUCUCCGAAAGGUUUACGACCAAAUGCCCGAACCUCGAUGGGUUAUUUCCAUGGGCUCGUGCGCGAACGGAGGAGGUUACUAUCACUACUCGUAUUCCGUUGUCCGCGGUUGUGACCGAAUUGUCCCCGUCGACAUCUACGUGCCAGGCUGCCCUCCUACAGCAGAGGCUUUGCUUUACGGAAUGCUGCAGCUUCAACGGAAAAUGCGACGCAGUCGCAAGGGUGUCCUCUGGUACCGCAAGUAA